AUGUUGGAAUCGUUUGCUCAAACGAUUAGCCCAAGGAAUCCGAUCGUCGAGCCAACUACUCAAUCGCAACCGAUAAUAAACGUACCGUAUCCGUCGCGCAAUCGCUACGGCCGUCCGUAUAUAUCGGGGCGACCGCUGUUGACGUGUGAUCGACAGAAGAUUGUGCAGCUGUUCGAGAAUGGAAUGAAGAAGAUUCACAUUGCUAAGCAGCUUGGUAUUACUCACAGCUGUGUGAGUAAAGUACUGAGAAAGUAA